GUUUCAAGCCUCCAAGCGACUUGUGAGACUUCCAAUUUCAAUCGAUCUUCAACCUUUACUUCCAGGGGCUCUUCCUUGCCUCACUCGGUCGAUUCUACGCACCGACACCACUAUUGCCCACUACCCACCCAGGUCGCACCUACGCCCCAUAACCAGUAGCUCCAUAUUCUCUCUUCAUCUCAGCUCACUACUCCAUUGUCGUCCAUCCGUCCGGCACUCCGUCUCUAGCAACCAGCAAAUCGACAACAACUUGCAAAUGCUCAGGUUAGAACCAAUCUGCAUCCUUAUUCUCUUAAUUAGUUAGCCCUAAUUUCAUAAAUUAUAAAUCCCUUAUUCCCACACUCAGUAGGAUCUGCCCCCGUUACACAGAGAAAUGUCACUGAGAACAAAAAUCAAACGCUUUAUGAGCACCACCUCGGUAUGCUCCUUUUCUCGCAAGUACCACCCCAACCGUCGCCAUUCUCUUCCACCGCCGGUGGCUAGCCCACCUCUACAGCAAGACCCAAACAGCCUCCUCAAGGAAGACCCAAUUGAAGUGUUAUCCAACCUCUGGGUCAAGACCUUCUCACAACCGGGAAAGCCAUUCACCAACCUCACCGGCUUCCUCUCAAAGCUGGACCUAUGGGUCCUCGCCUACCAGCGCACCUGCGCUCACGUCACCGGCUCCUUUCCUCCUCGCAAUGCACUCCACACUAACAUCCUCUCCGACCUCGUCUCCCUCCGGAACGCUGUCGUUUCGGGCAAAUUCAUCUGGAACGACAAGAUGCAUCCUAUAAUUCGGGGACCCAAUGAGAGGCCGAUUUCGACACUCUCACGCCGCCAGCUCAAUUCUGUCCUCACCUCCAAAACCCCAGCGUUUCAGGAUCGGAUAGUUCAGGAAACUCUUCUGAUGAUUCUUGAGCCAAUUUUCGAGCCCAUGUUUUCUCCUAAGUCGCAUGCUUUUCGUCCUGGCAGGAACCCCCAUACGGUCAUUCGGACCAUCAGAAGUAACUUUGCUGGGUAUUUGUGGUUUUUGAGAGGCGAUGCUAGUGAUAUUUUCGACAAUUUUGGUGUCAAUAUUGUGAUGGAUUGCAUCGGAAAAGCUAUGAAAGAUAAGAAGGUGAUAAGCUUGAUUAAAUCAGGGUUGAGCGCUGCUGCGUGCACUCGAGUUAGAGGGGUAGAUGAAGAAGAGAAGAUGGAUAAGAAGAAGAAGAAGAGUAAAGUCCACCAUACAAAGAAAAGAAUUUUGAAGGCAAAUGAGCCAAAGCCAGACCCGUAUUGGUUGAGAACAUUCUAUGAUUUUUCUCCAGAGGAGGCUGCAAAGGUACCAAAUUAUGGUUAUUGUGGAAUUCUUAGUCCAUUGAUAGCUAAUAUAUAUGUUAAUGAGCUUGAUCAUAUGAUGGAAGAAAAGAUAGUUGAGUUCUUUAGGCCUUGUGAGCAGGACAGUAUUUGGAAAUAUUCUAUUGAUGAUGGUUGUCACAAUCCAUCUUGGCCCGAGUUUGUUCCUUCCAGUGGGAAGGGAAAGACCAGGAAGAUGGACUAUAUUCGGUUUGGGGGUCAUUUCUUGAUUGGCAUUAGAGGGUCUAGACAGGAUGCUAUGGAUAUUAGAAAGGAGAUAAUUGAGUUUUGUGAUAGGGAGUAUGGGGUAAGAUUGGAUAAUUCAAAGAUUGAAAUUCAGCACAUUAGUAGGGGAAUUCAAUUCUUGGAUCACAUAAUUUGUCGCCGUGUUAUAUACCCUACACUUCGUUACACAGCAUCUGGUGGAAACAUUGUGAGUGAGAAAGGUGUAGGCUCUUUGCUUUCCGUCACAGCCAGCUUACAGCAAUGUAUUCGCCAGUUUAGGCAGCUGAAGCUUGUGAAGGGUGAUAAAGAUCCAGAACCACUACCUUGCACACCAAUGCUUUAUUCGGGUCAAGCCCAUACUAAUGCUCAAAUGAACAAGUUACUCGAAACCCUGGCUGAUUGGUAUAGAUUUGCGGAUAAUAGGAGAAAAGUGGUAGGUUUCUGUGCUUAUGUUAUCCGGAGCUCUCUGGCUAAGUUAUAUGCUGCAAGAUAUAGAUUGAAAUCUCGUGCCAAGGUAUAUAAGAUUGCUUCGCGUGAUCUAAGUCGUCCCUUAAGGGAGCAUACUAACAAUUCUGCACCUGAGUAUUCUGAUCUUUUGAGGAUGGGACUUAUUGAUGCUAUUGAAGGUGUUCAGUUCUCUCGCAUGUCUUUCAUCCCAUCCUGUGACUACACUCCAUUCCCCAGGAAUUGGAUCCCUGAUCACGAGAGAGUGUUGCAUGAGUAUGCCAAAUUACAAGAUCCAAAAUUUUUCUGUCAACUGCUUAAGUCGGUGAAAAGGCAAUCUAUAUCUUUACCUCAAGAUGAGGUAUCUGAAAUUGUUUGGGACUACAAGACUCUUGGGGUACAAAGCCAUCGAUUCAGUGGUGAUAAAAAGUUGGAAAAUCUUUCACAGGAUAUUAUGCUAGCAUGAGGUCUUUGGAAGGGCAGCUGCAAUAUAACUAUUUGGAGAAAUAGGGGUUUUAUUUGGAAGGCAGCAACUGUUUGCUGCAUGAACAGUUGAGAUUUCUCAAAUACAGAGGUUUGGGCAGAAGACCAACUUUGAUGAACAUUCUUCAUGCAAAUCCAGAAUAUGAACGCAUUAUUUUGAACAACCAAUCUUGUUACAGAAACUGCAAACAUUAGGACACUUUGGCUCUGAGGACCACGAAAAAGACCCACACUUAGUCUUCAGCAAUACUGUGAGGAGAGAGGUAAUAUGCAUGAGAUAGUUUGCAGAAAUGCAGGUCUGAAAUGGAUACAAGUUUAGCUGGUGCUAGGGGAAUCUUGAGGUGGCUAAGAGUCUGGUGAAAGGAGUAAACAACGUAAAUAGGACUGUUGCAACAGGGUGGACAGCAAAGGCUCUAGCGAGCAGAACAUAAUGGAGAAAAGAGCAUGAAUGACUGACCUGUUACAAAGUUUUGAAGAACGAAACAAUUUAGGGGUUUUGGAAGCAAGCUAAUAAUAUAAACCUACCUGGUUCUAUGGAAGAGUUUUUCAUAAUUGCAGUUCAAAAAUUUGAAGUCCAGAAUCUUACAAAGUUCUAAGUUCAGAAAAUCCAGAAAUAAAAUAUUACUUGGACUCUCAAGUUCUACUUCCUCAGUCAAAAUUUUGAUGUUGACAUUUUCCUUGGGACCUAUAGGAUGAAGAUAAUUUAUUAUCUAUUGCCACAUUAUCAAGGUGUAAAAGUGAGAGUCAAUGUAGUAGAACUCCAUGCAGAAGUAGACGCCUUCAGUGUCAUUAGACGUCAGAUAUGGUGAUCGUUUGAUUUUUCUUC